UGCCGCUGGAAACCCCGCCCCACUCGUCUCCAUGGAGACGCGGCCGUUGCUAGGGGCGGGGCGGGCGGCUCCGCCUCUCGGACGCGCAGACUCGCGGCUGAUUGGGCGGCGGGCUCCGCACGGCGGAAAGUUUUGGUGCGGCGAGGAAGUGGAGGCCGAGCGGCCUCUGGGCGCAGGGGCCAUGGAGGAGCCGCGGGUGCGCCGGGAGGACGCGGACGAGGAGGAGGACGGCGAGGACGAGGCCGGGCCCGGGCGCGCCCUGGGCAAGAGCGCCCUGCAGCUGACCGCCGAGGACGUGUACGACAUCGCCUACGUGGUGGGCCGCGAGCUGAUGGCGCUGGGCAGCGACCCCCGCGUGACCCAGCUGCAGUUCACGAUCGUGCGCGUGCUGGAGCUGCUCGAGGCGCUGGUGAGCGAGGGCGGCCUGGCGGCCGAAGCGCUGCGCCUGGAGCGCGACAGCCUGCAGCAGGAGGUGCGGGCGCUGCGCGGCGGGGCGCCCCCGGCCGGCGGCCAGGUGGACCUGGGGCCCGACAAGAUGGUGGUGGACCUCACGGAUCCCAACCGGCCCCGCUUCACACUGCAGGAGCUGAAGGAGGUGCUGCAGGAGCGCAACAUGCUCAAGGCACAGCUGCUGCUGGCGCAGGAGGAGCUGCUGAGCUACAGGAGUGGCCUGAUGCCCCUGAGAGAAAGCGUGGGAGGAGAACGAGCUAAGGAGGCUGUGGUUACCAGGGCCAGGAGUCCCGACCCUGGCAAGGGGGAGAAGACGAUCAUGAAGAAGCUGUUCGCUUUCCGGUCGGGGAAGCAGACCUAGAUGGAAAGCCAUGGCCAAGCAGCAGCUCUGACGGGAGGAAAGGACACCCGCCUGGCACCCCGCAGCCAUCUCUGCCAGUUCCCCCUGCGUGCGUGCUUCUCCCCCGAGCGCAGGUCCUUGCGUGCUCCUCCUCCCCGAUGCCAACCUGGACGUCCUAAGAGGUCUGGCCAAGUACAGGAAGCAUCCUCAAGGAGGCCGGACAGCAGAGGCAACCUGUGAUGGGGCCACCUCCCGCCCGGCUGCCAGCCCUAGGGGCCACGGGGUAUAGACUUCGCCCUUCAGCGUGGGGCAGGGCCGGGGAUAUAGCUCAGUGGCACAGCGCCUGCCUGCAAGCACAAGGUCCUGAGUUCGAUUCCCGGUACCAAAAUAAAUAAAUUAAUAAAUAAACGUGGAGAAAAGAAAAACAAAAUGGCAAGAAAAUAUGGUAUUGACCUUGCAGUAGUGAUUCUGACUUCACUGAUAUUUAGUGACUGUUGGAUUCAGCUCUCCCGACUUGCUUUCCAUGAUCUUGUAUUAAAAUGAUUUUUAUACUUUCUAUA